CGGCCGCCCGCGUUUCGCCGCUCCGGCCAUGGUUGCUGGGCCGCCCCCCGCCCCGCUGUCCCCCGCCGCGGGGCCGCCCCGCCRCUGAGCGCCCCCGUCCGCCCCGGGGAAGGAGCCGGCGCCGCCCGGGCCGUCUCCAUCACCCGCUGUCCCGGGCGGCGGGGGCCCCGCACCGCCGCUUCACCCCACUGCAGGCGGCAGCGAGGAGGGUGAGGAUGUCGGGCAGCACGGCGAGGAAGGUGCAGCCCUUCACCAUCAGCACCAGGCUCUCGCUGCCCAAGUGUGCCGCCGACUUCCCCGGAGACGCCUGCCCCGGCAUCGCCCUCGCCUCCGCGCUGGACAGCCACCGCGGCCUCCGGCGCASCAUCAACGAGCGCAUCUCCCUCUACCUGGCCCACGCCCGGGCCGGCCCCGCCGCCCCCGCGGGACAGCCCCGCAGCUCCAGUCCCGGUGACGAGGGGGGCACCGACGAGGACCGGCUGAACCGCAACUCCCUAGCCCGCUCCAUUAAGAAGAUMACGCUGUCCAACUGGUACGGGGACGCUGGCACGGGGGACGCAGGGGGACCCGGGGAUCCUGCCCGGGCCGGCGGCGAGAGGAACCACAACAACAACAACAGCAGGACAGGGAAAACUCAGUAUAAGGUCUUCCUCAGGAAGCUCGUGGAUGUGGAGGACAAGCAGCAGGAGCCUGGGAAUCUUCAGGCCAGUGUUUUCUGCUCUCCUGUGGACAGAUGUUCUCCCUUCUAUGCGCUGGCAGGAUCCCCCAUGUCAUCACCCCAGAAAGAGAGCCCUAAGGGCAAGGAAUCUGCUGCAGCACCAAGACACAGUGGGCGAAGCGGCGUGGGAACAGCCCUUAUCCCCGACCUGAGUCCUCUGAUAGCCCAGUUCAACCGGGAGAUGCUGCAGGCGGAGGGCUGGGUGCGGGGCAAGCUGCGGGACCUGAAGGAUGGCUGUGACCUCCAGGACUGGGAGGAGGUGGCUCAGACCUUGCAGCGGGACAUGAAGGAUUUUGAGAACACGCUGAUAAAGCUCAGUCAGAUGGGUGAGCAGCUGAUGUGGAGGGCAAGCCCCAGUGCUGAGGCAGUGCGGAGACAGCUGCUGGCCCUGCAGGAGCAGUGGCAGCUCCUGAAGCAAACAGCUGCCAGCCAGAGCAAAGCCCUGGGGGGACUGCGGAGCCUGCAGGACUUUAACAGGAAAGCCGAGCGACUGGAGGCGUGGAUCAAGCACAAGGAGGAGAAGCCCUCUCUGGCAGCCCUCCUGCAGGAAAACCCAGACAAGAUCCAGCUCACCCGCCGCAUCCUUGACUUGAAGCAGGAGGAGCAGCAGUUCCAGAGUCUGCACAAGGAGCUGAACAGCCUGGCCCAGAAGCUGGAGAAACAAGGCAAAAGUGAGAGCAGGAACAUAUCAGCCCGGCGCAAGCACCUCAACAAAACGUGGCUGCGGCUGCAGGGGACCCUGAAGGAGCACCACGAGGCUCUGCAGCUGGCCCUGGAGGUGGCCUCCUUCUUCCAGCAGGCGGACAUCCUGCUUGGGGCCAUCCAUGCAAAGCAGAGCAGCAUGUGCCGUGCAGGGAAGCCAGGGGACAGUGAGCUGUGCCAGGAUCGGGAUGUCAGGGACAUGGCCAGCCAGGUGAUGAUGCUGGAUGUGACGGUGUCCCAACUCCUAAACCUGCAGCCCAGCCUGGCAGCCCGAGUCACCUCAAAGCACCGCGACGUAAAGGAGAGCUGGGCACAGCUCCAGCAGGCACUGAGGACAGAGAAGGCUCCAACACGGGCAAGCAGUUCCCCGAGGGGCAAAGCUUCGGCUCCAAAUGUUGAGCCCCGAGGAGAUGAUAGCAGUCAUGGGGCUGUGGGGAAGGAAACAGCAGCCAAACGGGCAAGAGGACUUGGGAACGUGAUGCCAAAAGAUGUGCUGGAGGAGAUGGCAGAGCACAAGAAAGGAGAGCAGAGCAGUUCUGGCUCACCAGCUGGGGGACAACCCCAUCGUGGAGGGGACAACAAAAGGACGAGAGAGGCAGAGGCUGAGUGGGGGAUGCGGCAGCUGGAGUCCCAAGUGCAGGACGUCUCCCAGGUGGUGAAUGCGGCUCUGUCCCCGUACAAGGACAGUGUGGGUACAAGAGUCCCCUCACGACCAGUGGARAGCCUGGAGACAGCACGGAUGCAGCAAGAGCCCCUGGCCCCCAACUCCAGUGGCAGGACUGUGCUCCUGGAGGGGCCAGUGCGAGGGAGACCUCCGGAGAGUCUUCAGGUGGAAGCCAUGCUGCGGGAACUGGGGGAGUUGUGGGAGGACCUGCAGAGGAAGCACCAGGAGAACGGCGUAGUGCUGCGAGAAAUCGAUAAGGCACUGAGGCUGGUGGGGGAGCUGGACCAGGCUGAGCGGUGGCUGCAAGAUGUGGCUGGGUCACUCCUGGAACCAGCUGCCAUGAGAAGCCCAGCAGAGCUGCGCCAGGACCUGGAAGAGAUGGGCCGGCUGGAGAAGCAGCUCCUGCUGUGUGGCCUCAAGCUGCAGGCACUGCGGGAGGAAGCAGCAGGCGAGUCRCCCCCUGACCACGAGGGUGCAAGGAAGAUGCAGAAGAAAGUGGAGAUGGUGGAGGAGAAGUUGGCRCACGUGCAGGCAGCCCUGCGGCACCGGGCAGCAGAUCUGCGGGACUCCCUGGUGCUGUCUGAGUUCCUGCAGGACCUGCAAGAGGAGGAGGCACGGAGCCAGCAGGGAUCUGCAGCGCCAGGGAGCGGGUGUUGCGGCUCGCAGGGGACUUUUCCCCUGCUCUCAGCCCAGGCUGAGCAGUCUCCGAGCAGUGAGGACAUGAGCCGCCCCUUGGGAGAGCUGCAGGAGGCCGUGGAGAUGCUGAACGACGCAGCGAAGGAGCGGGAGCGCGUCAUGGAGGUGGCAGCAGAGACGGAGAGCCUGGAGCGUCUGGUGGCAGAGGUAUCCCCGCAGCUGGAGGCCCUUCAGUGCAGAGCCAAGGCACUGGCUCAAGACAUUGCCCAAGCAGAGAACAGCUUCACCACGGUGAAGAGUGAGAAGGACCUCCAGGGGCUGCAGGGCUUGCUGAGCCGCCAACAGGAGAUGGAGCAUGCAGUGUCGCAGACCCUGCAAAGGGAGCUGGAGGAGCUGGAGAGGGCAGCUGCCCACUUGCAAGAGCUGUGCCCCKCUCGGCAGUGCCCCGUCAGCCGGGAGGUGCAGGAGGCAUUGUGGGCCUGGGCAGAGCUGCAGGAGCUGCUGCGGGACACCCGGCUCCGUGUGCAGCAGGCUGGCCGGCUGCGGCACUUCUUCAAGGACUAUUUGGCCAUGAUCUCCUGGACAGAGGACACACGGGCUCAGAUCUUCUCUGAAAGCCCAAGCAGCUCCAGCCUCUUGGAGACUCCAUGUGAGGAAGUGGAGAGGAGGAUUGAAGAGAAGCUCAAGGAGUUUGAGGCACUGGCAGCAGCGGGGCAGCAGCUGGUGUCUGAGGAGCACUACCUGAGUGCAACAAUAAAGGAGCGAUUGGAAGAGCUGCARAGCAUGCUGGGCUGGGUGCUGGUGCGCUGGCGAGCACAGAGGCACCAGCAGGAUCUGGGGAGCAGACAGCAGGACAGGMCGGACCCUGAGAGUUCUUCAAGCACGUCCCCCACGGGUCAAGAGCAGCAUGCUUUGUGUGCUCCACCCCACUUGGAAAACAUCCAYAGCCCAGUGAAGUUCAUACCCUGCUCCCUCCUCGAGCCUGUGCAAAAAUUGGAGCCACAGCUUCCAGGGAAAACAGCCAUUUCCCCACUGGCAUCACCCGUCUCAGAUGCUCCAUCAGGAGUGGAGCAGAGCUGGAGGGAGCCCAGCAGCAAAACAUCCCACAGUGCAGAAUCCCCAAAGGAGGCUGCCACCUGGGAUCCUGCCGAGACCUCCACACUGCUGCUGCCACCACAGGGCCCCUGCGGUCUGGGGGGGACAGUCAACCUCAUCCUCAGCAUUGGCAGAAAGGGCGACAAGAAGAAGGCACAGCCAGCGGUUGGCAGCGAGCGGCCAAGGGAGGAGGCAGUGCCACCGGUGCAGGUGGAGGCCAGAAAAAUCUGCACGGCAAAGCGGACGCCUGCUGUUGUGUGCCGCCCUCCAGUAUCGGGCGGUGGGAUGCCGGCUGUGUCCCACACCCUGCCUAAGGCYGGGGCAGGCUGUCUCUUCAACAGCCUGCAGCGGCGGGAGCAGGCCAGRGCAGAGCAGGCACGGCUGCUGACGCUCCAAGGCAUCAUGGGCGACAGUUCCCUACGGCCCACACCCGAGGAAUGCCACGGCCCCAGCAACACGUGGCCUCAAAAGUGUGGCCGGAGGAAGGGGGGGCYGGGGGCAGCUGCUGCUGGACGCCAGCAUGGGGAGCUGCUCCUCUAUGUCAGGAACCCGCUGGUGCAGGACAUYGAUGCUGAGUGCGGGGCAGCCCCCCAGAGCCCCUGCCUCCCGACCCUGAAAACCACGUGUCCCCACCUUUCCCUGGGCUCUGUGCUCAGCCUGGAGCUGCCGCGGGAUGCAGUGGUCCUGGGGUGCCACCGAGGGGCUGCGGCACGGCAGCAGGAGGCAGAGGGGCGGGAGCAGAGGCAGGGUCGAGGCGUGAAGCUGUGGAAGCCCACAGGCACACAUGGAGCUGGAUGGCAGGAAGAUGGGCACAGUCCCCAAGGGCCCAGCAAGAGGCUGGGCACAUCCCCCAAGAGCRAGCGAGGAGCAUGGUUCAAGGAGGUGAGCCUCAAGCCCAGCUACAGCCAGCAAAGGGCACGCUGUGCUGGGAAGGAGCACCGCAACCUGCAGAGCCCCAGCAGCACCAGUAAAGAGCUCCUGGACUUGAGGCCAAGCCAGCCGUCCCGUGUCAGUGUGGAGGAUGAGCUGGCCACCCGCUUUGGCCAGSACGACAGCCCCAGUGGCACUGGCAGGGCCAGGCAUCACAAAGCUGCUUGGCUGGAGCUUGGAUCAUCCCCUGCCAGCAUCCCAGGCAGGACGGGAGCCAUCCCCAGCCCCGCCUGCGCACAGCAGCCAGCCAGCAGCAGCCAGCACAGAAGGUCCCCAGCUUCCCCUGCUGCYCCCACCCAGCUCUCCAUCUUCGAGUGGGCACUGGGGUCUCCACAGCCCCAGAGCCCUGUGCUGGGCGCUAAGGAAGUUUGCCACCCUGCCCACAGGCAGUUUGAGGAAGAGGAGGAGGAGCUGCAGGCCAUCUGGGAUGGGGCACACGAGCGACGGGCACAGAGCCCGCCAGGAAGCGGCUGUGCCACUCACYGGACAGACAGCGGGGCAGACAGCUUGCCCAGCCCCAGCACCACUGCUGGUGGGCCCCUCAUMCUCUCAUCAGCCAACAACGUGCUAGUGGCCAAAUUCACCCUUCCCACCACUGCCCAUCUGCUCCGCAGCCCGUCAGGAGACAAGAGCCCCGGGGUAGUGCACAGUGGCAGUGGCAGCCCCAGUGGGAUCAGGGUUUCCUCCCCCCGUGUGGAGGAGCUGGUGUCUGCAGCCCCCCUGGAUGGCUCCAGCGCCUGGGAUCAGCGGAGGCAUGGGCAGGAGGAGAGAGAGAACAGCAAGGUCCUUCCCAGUAAAAUGGAGUUUCAGAUGAUGGAGGGGACGCUGGAAAGGAAGCACGUAUUGCAGACAGGAGGGAGAAAGGCCAACUGCCGGGCCUGGGGCCUCUUCCACGCCGUGCUGAUGAGGCAGACGCUGUGCUUCUACCAGGACCGGAGGGACAGCCUCAAGAGCUCCGUGGUGGCCCUUCCCCUGAACCUCUCCGGGGCGGUCUGCACCCCAGAUGCCGAGUACACCAAGAAGACCAACUGCUUCAGGCUUCAGCUGCAGGAUGGCUCUGAGUAUCUCCUGAGAGCCCCCACCCAGCCCCUCAUGAAUGAAUGGGUCUCAAAGCUGCAGCAAAACUCAGGUUACCCUGAAGUGGAUUACUUCCAGGCAGCGGCACAGCACGUCGAGGGCAGUGGCGGAACAGGCAGUUUCAGCAAGGUGUCCAGCCCUGGGAGCUCCCACCUUCAGGGACAUCAUCAGGUCACGACAACCAAGAGCCAGGAGAUUGUGGUGUUACCCUGCUCAAGCACCUUAGUGCAGCGGCCUCUGGGCAGCCAGGAUGGCCCAACUGAUGGGACUGUGGCAGCAGCAGAGAAUGCUCAAAGGACUGCGCACAAGGAGCAGCAGUGGUCGCCCAGGGGGUCCCCCGGGCUGUGGGACAACAUCUGCCCUGAAGACGACUAUGGGCUGGUGGCCAACAAGAGGAGGUCCUACUCUUUCACCUCAGCCACCUACCAGAAGAUCACCCCGUUGGCCGUGCCCAAGGAGCCGCUGGAGGCCGGGAGCAGCUACUCCGUUACACUGUACAUUGGGGAGCAGGUGUCGGCCAUGCCCCGUGCACGCUGUCACUCCUUUGUGGCCCGAACGGCGAGUCCCCGGGACACRCUAGGGGAGAAGACUGCCAGCCCCCCUCGCACCAAGAACAAAUCCGUCUUCAAGAAGUUCUUUGGGAAGAAAGAGUGAGCCCCAGACAAGGGGGAAAAUUGCCCUCCUCUGCCUUUUAUCCUCCUCUUGGACCAUCCUGGCACGGUCUGUACUUCCAGCACGGGUUCACGUCUUGCUGCCUUCCCAGGAGGCUCUGCCAAGUGGCUCUGCUUCAGCCAGCCCUGGGGCUGCCCUCUGCCCCAGCCACUGCAGCCCCCAGCCUCAGCCUGGUGCUGAGCACCCCUCCUGCCCARUGCUCUCCCUGGGUGCUGCUGCCUAACCAGGCAUCCUGAUGACACACAGCACAAGCAGAAGGGCCUGGAUGGUGGUUUCUAUUAAAAAAUAAAUAGAUGCUGAGA